AUGGCACCUCCCCUCUCUCCUCGCUGUACACAUGUCAAAAAUGCCACACAACACCCUGGGCUUGUGCUUCUUGAAGCCCAGAUCAAGGAGGAUAAACAGCAUGCCAAGGAUGCACAGGACACACAGGAAGCUGAUUUGCAGUGUGGAAUUGAUCAUAUUGCAAGCAUUGAGGCUGUCAUGGAGUUGGAGCAGGGCAUCCAGGUGACUGAAAAAGUGAAGCCAGUAAAGCCUCAUGCUAGGCCAGUCAAGAAAAAGACAGAUAGGGUAGGUGCAGCUAGUGAACUUACCUCUGGGAGUCUGCCUGUGCCUCCAGCACUGGCUCAGAGUCAAGGUGGCAUGAAGGGCCAGGAUGCUGGUGAUAAGAUCAAGAAGGUGCAUGAGGCAAUUGGUGCUACAAUCCUUGGUAGUGAUCAUAGUAAAAAAUUCGGUUUGACAGGAAAGGUCAACAACUGGUGCACUCAUGUGGAACCUGAAACCAAGUCAAAAGUGUCCCCUGUUGUGAGACCUGAAACUGAACCUUCAGGUGGCUCUGUUUUGUCAGUGACAACUCUAAAGACAAGUCAGACUGUGGCAACCAUGGUCUCACUUGCAAAAGACCCACCCCUUUCCUUGAUAGAUUUGUCAGACAAUUCCAUAUCAGACAAUGGCAAGGAUGGAGGCAAUGAAGAAGAUGGAGAUGGGGACAAUGAAGACUUUGAAAAGCACCUGUCUACUAAUGUAAAAGGGAAGGUGGGAAUGAAGUCUAUCAUACAGAUCACUGAGAGUUCAGAUGACAGAUUGUCCAACAUUCCCAUAUCCACACCAUUUAAUCUACUGCCGUUUAGUCAACAAGCUGACAUAGUAAGAUUUGCUCUGGAGCAGGCCUGGCAACCUUGUGCAGUCUUGUCCAUGAAGAGAAUAAUUGAGGAAGCUGGGUUGAUAGGCUCCUCCAAAGUGUUAAGGUCGCAUGCUCAAGGGGGUUGGAUCACAAGGGCUUGGCCUCAGCUUGUAUGCUGUGCCCCUUUCCCGAGUAUGUGCCCUUAA